AUGUCAGGCCAAGAACUGACCAUUCGUAUAAAUGAUGAUUCAGAGGAGGGUCAGUCAUGUGAGUAUCACGCCUAUGGCACCGGAUAUGCACCAACAACAUCUCAACGCGCCACGCAAGCUAGUCGUUCCAGCAAUAAUUCAAGAUCAAGUUCAGGUCAGCCACCGUCAACCAAGACCUCAACUCCUGUCGGCGCAUGUGAUCAUGCUCAAUACACACUCUCUGCUCAAGAGAAUCAGACUCUACAGCCAUUCGAAGAUACUUUGAAUCGCCUGUGGUCAUCUAAUCAUCGAGGCGAAUCCGUCGAUCGAGGUGAGUUAAGCGGGAUCAUUGCAAGUUUCAACGGACCGUUGAAACAUUGUUAUUUAGAUGAACAUGAUUACCAUGCGGUGCGGGAUCUCUUGAAUGAUUUGUCGAAGGCAGUUUGA